GGCGACGGGGAUAACAACAUCGAAACGACCCCAGCACCACGCAAAAAACACCAAAUACUCUGCGUCUUUUCCAACUGUUGCCACCUGGGACGUAUUCACUGCAAUACGUAACCACCCAAACACACAAUGCCCCAGAACGAGCACAUCGAGUUGCAUCGCAAGCGGCAUGGCUACCGCCUGGACCACCAUGAGAGGAAGAGGAAGAAGGAGAGCCGUGAGGUCCACGAGCGAUCCCACAAAGCCAGGAAGAUGAUCGGGCUGAAGGCCAAACUCUACCACAAGCAGAGACAUGCCGAGAAGAUCCAGAUGAAGAAGACCCUCAAGAUGCACGAACAGAGAAGGACCAAGCAGAAGAACGAUGAUAAGACCCCAGAGGGAGCAGUGCCAGCCUACCUGUUGGACAGAGAGGGACAGUCCCGCGCUAAGGUGCUAUCCAACAUGAUCAAACAGAAGAGGAAAGAGAAGGCUGGCAAAUGGGAGGUUCCCCUGCCCAAGGUGCGCGCGCAGGGCGAGACGGAGGUGCUCAAGGUCAUCAAAACUGGAAAGAGACAGAAGAAAGCCUGGAAGAGAAUGGUCACCAAAGUUUGCUUCGUCGGCGACGGCUUCACCCGUAAACCUCCCAAGUACGAGCGUUUCAUCAGACCCAUGGGUUUGCGCUUUAAGAAGGCUCACGUCACGCACCCGGAGCUGAGGGCCACGUUCUGCCUCCCCAUCCUCGGCGUGAAGAAGAACCCGUCUUCGCCGCUCUACACGGCUCUCGGAGUCAUCACGAAAGGAACCGUCGUGGAGGUCAACGUCAGCGAGUUGGGCCUGGUGACACAAGGAGGAAAGGUGGUGUGGGGUAAAUACGCCCAGGUGACGAAUAACCCAGAGAACGACGGCUGCAUUAAUGCAGUCCUGCUGGUAUAAGACUCAUGACCUUUAUCCUGCCCGGUAACUCUCUUGCGUCCAUCACGGCCGCGAUGCGACGAGCAACGGCUUCAAGCCACGAGGCCGCCGGGGAGAUCGCCGACGCUGCGCUCUUGGCAACACGACAGUUUUUGUAACGGAAGAAGAAAAUGUGAUUACGGUGUUUAAAUGUGGAAAUGAAUCCACAUUUAAAUGUGGAAAUAAAUCAACUUGUUGAUGA